UAGCCGCGCGCCCCGCCGAGCCAACGCCAAGAUGGCGGUUCUGACAGACGGAGGGCUGCCGCGCCGGGGGUCCCCGGGGCUGGAGCGGAACCGCCGCGGCUGAGCCCCUGCUCUGCCCUCGAAGCAGGCGCCCGGCCGCCGGGACCCGGGACAUGGUGCGAUCCGCGCCGGGUCGCCGCCGUCGCCGCCGCCGCUGAGCUCGCGGGCCGCUCCGGGCUCGGACGUGGGAGCGGGAAGAUGUUUUCCGCGCUCAAGAAGCUGGUGGGGUCGGAGCAGGCUCCCGGCCGCGACAAGAACAUCCCCGCCGGGCUGCAAUCCAUGAACCAGGCGCUGCAGAGGCGCUUCGCCAAAGGGGUGCAGUACAACAUGAAGAUUGUGAUCCGAGGUGACAGGAACACGGGAAAGACGGCGCUGUGGCAGCGGCUGCAGGGCAAGCAGUUUGUGGAGGAGUACAUCCCCACGCAGGAGAUCCAGGUCACCAGCAUCCACUGGAACUACAAAACCACUGACGACAUCGUGAAAGUUGAGGUCUGGGACGUAGUUGACAAAGGGAAGUGCAGACGGCGAGGGGACGGUCUGAAGGUGGAGAAUGACCCCCAGGAGGCGGAGUCCGAGAUGGCCCUGGACGCUGAGUUCCUGGACGUGUACAAGAACUGUAAUGGGGUGGUCAUGAUGUUCGACAUCACCAAGCAGUGGACCUUCAACUACAUUCUCCGGGAGCUUCCCAAGGUGCCGACCCACGUGCCAGUGUGCGUGCUGGGCAACUACCGUGACAUGGGCGAGCACCGAGUCAUCCUGCCCGACGACGUGCGCGACUUCAUCGACAACCUGGACAGGCCCCCGGGCUCCUCCUACUUCCGCUACGCCGAGUCCUCCAUGAAGAACAGCUUUGGCCUGAAGUACCUUCACAAAUUCUUUAAUAUUCCUUUCCUGCAGCUCCAGAGGGAGACGCUGCUCCGGCAGCUGGAGACCAACCAGCUGGACGUGGACGCCACGCUGGAGGAACUGUCUGUGCAGCAGGAGACGGAGGACCAGAACUAUGACAUCUUCCUCGAGAUGAUGGAGGCGCGCAGCCGUGGCCACGCGUCCCCACUGGCCGCCAACGGGCAGAGCCCAUCCUCAGGCUCCCAGUCUCCAGUGGUGCCUCCGAGCGCCGUGUCCACGGGGAGCUCCAGCCCCAGCACGCCCCAGCCGGCCCCGCAACUGCCCCUGCACCCCCCCACGGCCUACCCUUGUCCCCCGCCCCCCACAGAGGCCCCGCCACCACCUGCAGCCCCCCCGCCACGGCGCAGCUUCAUCUCAAGGCUGUUUGGGACAUCGCCCGCUGCCGAGGCGGCCCCUUUGCCCCAAGAGCCAGCUCCUGCCACAGAGGCCCCGACAAAAGUCCAGAACGUGGAGGAUUUUGUUCCCGAAGACGGCCUUGACCGCAGCUUCCUGGAUGACACGGGCCCCCAGAAGGAUGAGAAGAAAGUCGGAGCCAAGGUUUCGCAGGACAGUGACAGCGAUGGGGAGGCCCCGGGGGGCAACCCGCUGGUGGCAGGCUUCCAGGAUGACGUGGACCUGGAAGACAGGCCGCCCAGCCGGCCCCUGCCGCCCCCGGGUGCUGUCCCCAGGGAGGAGACUGCUUCCUCCAGCGAGGAGGAAGCAGCGGGGACAGCAGGGCGCACCAAGGCCACUGCCGCGGCCCCCCACAAAUGCGCCGAGCCAGACACCAGACGGCCAUCCACACAGGCUUCGAGGCCACACAUGGCCGUGGAGUCCCGCCGGCCAGGCGUCCCCAAGUCCCACCGCAAGGACCCCUCAGGAGGCCGCGAGGAGCGGAGGGGUGAGCGGGCGGGGUCAUCAUCAUCGUCGUCGUCCAGUGACCCCGAGGGCCCCAUCGCCGCCCAGAUGCUGUCCUUCGUCAUGGACGACCCCGACUUCGAGAGCGACUCAGACACUCAGCGGAAAGCGGAGCAGUUCCCAGUGCGAGACGACCUCUCUGAUGACACGGACGAGGAUGCCUGCCGCGCCCGGCCGCCCCCAGCCCCCAAGCCCGCCGUGGCCUCCUUCAGACGGAAGGAUGACUCCGAUCUCUUCGGCUUGGGACUGGAGGAGACAGGCCACAAGGAGAUCAGCGACGAAGAGAAGGAGGGCAAGCCUCCCUCGAAAGAGAAGAAAAAGAAAAAGAAGAAAGGCAAAGAGGAGGAAGAAAAGGCGGCGAAGAAGAAGAGCAAGCAUAAGAAGGGCAGGGACAGGGAGGAGGGCCGGCAGGAGCGGCGGCGGCGGCCCCGGGGCCCCGAGAGGACUGCGGUGGACGAGCUGGAAGCCUUCCUGGGGGGCGCGGCCCCGGGCGGCCACCUCCGCGGGGGUGGGGACUACGAGGAGCUCUAGGCCGCAGGCCCCUCCAUGCUCGCCGGGGACGCCGGGCCCGCCCUGCACGGAGCCGGAGCCGGAGCCGGAGCCGGGCGGCGGGCUGGGCGGUGCGGGGAGCCGGCCCCUGGCGCUUCUCAGGGAUGGGACUGAGGCCGAGGAGGCCGCGAGGCUGUUUACAGGGCAGGGCGUGUCCUCGUCACCGGCCCGGCCCCUGCUUGCCCCUGGCCCACCAUGCUCGCUGCCCCAGGCCCCCCACUCGAGGGUGGGCUCUGCUUCCUGCCCCUUCUGGCAUGGGGGGCAGACACCAGGCGGCACUGGCGCCUUUCCCGGGGCGGGUUCUUCCCGGGCCCAGGGUCCAGCUUUGCACCCGCGCUCGGGCUCGCUGCCGGCCAGGCCCUCAGGGCCUCAGACACUGUUUCCUCUUGUUUUCCGUCAACGCUCCACUCCGACCAUAAAGCUCUCCUGUCUUACCGCG